GCCAUCUGAGUGGUUGGUCGUCCGACAUCCUGUAUCUAGAAAUCUAUGUCUAGGCAUAGAUACGCAAGGUUGAUAAUACUUCAUCAAUUUCGACUGAUCCGAUUGGCUGCCAAAUGCCAACAAAAAUAGACGUUCCAACAAGAAAGACAAUCAUGGAAUAAACGAAACUUUAGGAGUCAUUGGGGCUGUUAAUGAUUUUCAUGGUCUGAUUAAAAUGUGGCGGAUGUGGAUUUGGGCUUUGUCUGUUGUACCUGAAAAAAUCCUGCAAUUUCUCACCAUUAUUGACCACUGAUCAUGGCUAAUAGCACACUUCAAUAUCCUAACUGGUAGGAUUAAAAAAAAAAAAUAUUCUAUCCAAUGGCCAAAGCUAGACUUUUCUGUCUUAACCACGUGGUCACCUUGCUCUCAAGAACGAACUCAAGUCUCAAACCUGAACUCAAGGGCGAGGUUGGUGGCUGCGUUGUGAAAAGUAAACAAACUUGCUCAGCUCCGUCACUAAAACUCCUCGAUAAUCAGACGCUGUUUCAAUUUUGUGUGAGGGAUGUCGGACAUAAAGCGUGGAAUAUUUUCCGGAAGAGAUCAAAGCCUUUUGACCGCCUUACUGGCGAAGUUUGAUCCUAACCACACCAUCAUUGAUUCUCCCAAAAGAGAUUCAGAAACCAACGCGAGAAAAGCUCAACUGUGGAUGAGAGUUCUACAUGGAUUCAAUUUGAAGUCUGACUUGGAGGAGCCAGUUUCUCAAAAGCAAUUGCGUAAACUCUAUGGCAACCUGAAGUACGAGCAUCGGCAAAGACAAAAAAAUAAGGAAGGGCCCAGAGGAGCACGGAUGAAGUCUGAAGGCUCUGACAUUUGGGAUGUAUCGUACUCACCAAGAUCUGAUUUGAUGGAUGAUGCAAACGAAGACACACAAGAGGUUAACAAUAAAUGUAAAUCGUUUGAUUUGCAUCUCACUACUUUGGAUCCUCUUGAAACAAACAUUAGUGACGUAUAUUACGAACCAAAUGCGGAAGAAGAGACAAUCGUCAGUUUUGAUGCGGAUAGUCCGACUACAUUUCGAGAAUGUUCAAGAUCUCGAAUGGAAACUAGAGAUCCAGUCCCAACCGUUCAAAUUUUUCAAGGAUCAAGCUCUACUUCAAAGACCAAGGUUGGCCCGAAGUCAAUGCCUGAAGAUGCGGAAAUCAUGAUGGCACACCAACAAACCGAAGAGGCUCGAAAAGCCGAAAAACAUGCAGAAGAGAUGAAACUGUUGCGGGCUCAAGUGGAGGCGACAAACAUGUGGAGGGAUGCCGCUAUUUCUAUUUGUGGUAUUGGAAAGGCCAUUGAAACGUUCCUUUCCUCAAAAUCUUAGUCGACUUACAUCCGUGUGUCUGUGAUAUUAUGCUUAGGCAUUGUUACCAUUUCAUAAACAUAUAUCUUCAUUCGUUGCUUCCAGGUGCCGAAAUGUUCUUACGCAGGCCUUUAAUAAAUACUAUUGUUGAUCGUAGCAAA